AUGGUCUUUGCCGGAGAGGACUACGUCGGGAUCAGCCGCAGCCUGGACUUUGCUCCGGGGGUGAUGAUGCAGAGGGUGCGGGUGGUGGUCCUGGAUGAUAUGGGCCAACCGGUGCUCGAGGGACCAGAGAACUUUGAGCUGGUGCUGAGGAUGCCCAUGAACGGCAUUCUGGGACAACCGAGCAAGUCCACGGUCACCAUCAACGACUCCAUCUCAGACUUGCCGCAGAUGCAGUUCCGUGAUGCCGUCCACGUGGUGUCGGAGAGCGCGGGGCGGCUGUCUGUCUGGGUGGUCCGCAGUGGAGACAUCAGCCACAGCUCCAGUGUGCGCUGCUACACCCGCCAGGGCUCGGCUCAGGUCAUGAUGGACUUCACCGAGAGGCCCAACACCGAGGCCUCCGUCAUCACCUUCCAGCCAGGAGAGCGGGAGAAGGCCUGUGUGCUGGAGAUCAUGGAUGACACAGAGUACGAGGAGGAUGAGGAGCUGAGGCUGGUCUUGGGCAGCCCCAGGAGCCCCUCUCCCUACGGGGCCUCUGUGGGUCCUCAGAACGAGACCCUGGUCAAGAUUCAGGACGGUUCAGACAAGUCCGUGAUCCGCUUUGGUCAGAGUAAGUUCAGUGUGAUGGAGCCGGCGCAGAGCGGGCAGCGGUCCACGGUCAGGGUCUCGGUCCAGCGCCUCGGGGACACCUCCAAAGUCUCCGUGGUCCGGGUCCACACCAAGGACGGGUCUGCCACCUCCGGAGAGGACUACAACCCGGUGUCCCAGGAAAUCGUCUUCAAAGAUGGAGAGACGGUGCAUCAUGUGGAGGUGGAGAUCCUGUACGACGGCGUGAGAGAGAUGAGAGAGGCCUUCACGGUGCACCUGAGGCCGGACGAGAACAUGGUGGCAGAGACUAAGCUGAGUAAAGCCAUCAUCUACAUCGAGGAGACGGACAGUAUGGCAGACGUGACCUUCCCCUCCGUGCCCAGAGUGGUGUCCCUGCAGCAGUACGACCACAUGCAGCGCUCCGGAGACCCCAGCCCCACCGCCGGGUACCCCGUCAUCUGUGUCACCGCCUGUAAUCCCAAAUACCCCGACUUCGACCGGACCGGCUCCAUCUGCUCCAGCGAGAGCAUCAACAACACGCUGACCCGCUACCGCUGGCUCGUGAGCGCCCCCUCUGGCCCGGACGGCGUCACCAGUCCCAUGGGGGAGGUGGACUUCAACACCUUCUUCACCUCGUCCAAGCUGCUCACCCUGGACUCGGUCUACUUCCAGGCGGGAUCGCGGGUCCAGUGCGCGGCUCGGGCAGUCAACCAGGACGGACAGGAGGGGCUGGAGCUGACCAGUGCUGUGGUCACUAUCAGCAGGGAGGAAGGUGAGAGGGGGAGGGGAGAGGAGAGAAGGGAGGGAGGUGCUGUGGUUGCCAUCAGCAGGGAGGAGGGUGAUAGGGGGAGGGGAGAGAGGAGAGAAGGGAGGGAGGUGCUGUGGUCACUAUCAGCAGGGAGGAAGGUGAGAGGGGGAGGGGAGGGGAGAGAGGGAGGUGCUGUGGUCACUAUCAGCAGGGAGGAAGGUGAGAGGGGGAGGGGAGAGGAGAGAAGGGAGGGAGGUGCUGUGGUCACUAUCAGCAGGGAGGAAGGUGAGAGGGGGAGGGGAGGGGAGAGAGGGAGGUGCUGUGGUCACUAUCAGCAGGGAGGAAGGUGA